ACACCGUCUCUGUUGUCGUUGUCCACGCUGCUGUCGGCACUGUUAUUCGUUGUCGUGGCACGUCCUGUCGCCGCUGCUUUUGCCAACUUUCGUGUUGUUUUUGAAGCUAUUCACUCGCGUUAGUUACAUCAGUGACGUUCACAACGCGUUGGUUCCUAGUUCGCGAUUGCCAAAUAUAUUUCUGAAUGGAUUCGCAUCACAGCCGAAUGAAACGAAUAGAGCUAAAAUUCGUUUAAAGUAACUAAAACUUGAAAUUCAAUUUCGACCGCAACGCGAGUAGCAAGCACCACACGAGCACAAGCGACAGGAUACCAAGCAAUAUAUAAGAAAAAUUACCCGAAAAUACCAACGAAACCAGCAACAACUAUAGACUACAGAAACAUCAAGAAAAAAACCCAACAACAGCAGCACGCAGUGAAACGAAAAAUUGCAAUCGACAGGAAGAGCAACAGGAGCUGCUGCUGUGCUGCAGCAGAGAUCCCCAGGAGGAAGGAGCCACAGUCUGCAAACGACGUAAAAAUGCGACUCAUUAAUUUGCUUGGCUGCCGCGGACUUCAGAGCGUGGAACUGAACCAGGAACUGGAACAGGAACAGGAACAGGAACUGGGUAUUGUGUCAGCUGCACUGACAUCGUAUUAGGUUGGUGUCGGCGCCAUGGCUACGGUUGAGAGUAAUGAUGAACCACGUCAGCUGGCGGCGCCGGAAACGGAUGCAGCUGCUUCUGACAUGGUGGAGCCCGUCCUGGCGUUGUUGCGCGGCGAUGUGCUCAAUCAGACGCGUGCUCCGGUCUUCUACAACAGCUACAACAUCUCGGAGGAUGUCUAUUACUACUUCAAUGGCUUCAAUGCGGCGCCUACGAGUACAGAGCUAGCGUUGAACUUGAAUACAACAAGCGGGGCGCCUACCAGUACCACACGGGAGCCAGAUCUGUCCGAGUAUCUGGAGGCGCUGCCCAACGAUCGUGUUGGCCUGCUGGCCUUUCUGUUCCUCUUCUCCUUUGCCACGGUGUUUGGCAAUUCGCUGGUCAUCCUGGCUGUCAUCAGGGAGCGCUACUUGCACACGGCCACCAACUAUUUUAUUACGAGCCUGGCGGUGGCUGACUGCCUGGUGGGUCUGGUGGUGAUGCCCUUCUCGGCACUGUACGAGGUGCUGGAAAACACGUGGUUCUUUGGUACCGACUGGUGCGACAUUUGGCGCUCGCUGGACGUGCUCUUCAGCACGGCGUCAAUACUGAACCUGUGCGUCAUCUCGUUGGACCGAUAUUGGGCUAUCACGGAUCCCUUUAGUUAUCCCAUGCGGAUGACAGUCAAGCGUGCCGCUGGCCUGAUAGCUGCUGUUUGGAUUUGCUCGAGUGCAAUUAGUUUUCCGGCCAUUGUGUGGUGGCGGGCCGCCAGAGAUGGUGAGAUGCCCGCCUACAAGUGCACCUUUACCGAGCAUCUGGGCUAUCUAGUCUUCUCAUCCACCAUAUCUUUUUAUCUGCCACUCUUGGUCAUGGUCUUCACCUAUUGCCGCAUUUAUCGCGCGGCGGUCAUUCAGACACGCUCCCUUAAGAUCGGCACCAAGCAGGUGCUCAUGGCAUCCGGGGAACUGCAGCUGACUUUGCGGAUUCAUCGUGGCGGCACCACUCGGGAUCCCGCCCCCAACACACAUCAAGUCUCAGGCGGUGGUGGCGGUGGUGGCGGUGGCUCCCUCAGCCACUCGCACUCCCAUUCGCAUCAUCAUCAUAAUCAUAGCGGCGGCACAACGACAUCCACGCCCGAGGAGCCGGACGAUGAGCCGCUAUCGGCGCUGCACAAUAAUGGCCUGGCCAGACAUCGACACAUGGGCAAGAACUUUUCGCUUUCACGGAAGCUGGCUAAGUUUGCCAAGGAAAAGAAGGCGGCCAAGACGCUGGGCAUUGUGAUGGGCGUGUUCAUUGUGUGCUGGCUACCGUUUUUUGUGGUGAAUCUGUUGUCCGGGUUCUGCAUCGAGUGCAUUGAGCACGAGGAGAUUGUUUCGGCUAUUGUGACAUGGCUAGGCUGGAUUAACUCCUGCAUGAAUCCAGUGAUCUAUGCCUGUUGGAGCAGAGACUUUCGCAGAGCUUUUGUGCGCCUGCUGUGCAUGUGUUGUCCCCGCAAGAUACGCCGUAAAUAUCAGCCCACAAUGCGCUCCAAGUCACAGUGUCAUGUUGCCGCCGCUAUGGUGGCCGCCUCAACAUCCUUUGGCUACCACUCCGUCAAUCAGCUGGACCGCACCCUGAUGUGACGUCAGCCGAGCAGCUGCAGCACUUGCAGUGGCAGCAGCAACUGCGGCGGCGGGGUUGGCGCCGGCGUCGCCCGCAACUCUCAUCAAUAUCAUUCAUCGGCGGCACCCACGCCUUCGUCCUCGCAGCGCUCUUGCACGCGCUGCCAGAGCUUUCACCGGCAUCAUCAUCGCGCCAGGCGCCGCAGCUCAGGCAUGCAGCUGCGGGGCGACUACAGCUCGACGUCGGCGGUGAACAGUGCAGCUAAAACUAUUGUGACGAUUACGGCGCCACCAGCAGCGGCAGCCUCAGUCAGCACAUUGCAUCUCGGCAGUGGCAGUGGCAGACCCUCAUCGGUGUCCACGCUUACGCUCGCUUCGGUGCCGCGCACGCUCUUGCUAGAGGCCUCUAUUGGUGGCGGUGGGAUGAAAGGUGAAUCCGUCAGUGCGGCCAAUACUCCAAUUACGCCAGCCAUGAAACAUACCAGCUUUGCGCUGACGCCCAACGCCAUAGGACCAUCGGGCUCAUCGGGCUCGAGUCAUCAUGUAUCGUUUAUGCCCAUGCCGCUGCCACUGCCCAUGAUGGGCAUCAAGCGUUUGCGCAACUCCAACUCAUCGCUCGACGCUACGGCCGUGGCCAGCAGCUCGGCGCCUUCCCUGAUAGAGGCUGCGGAGUCGCCGACUGAGGUGCAGCAUGCAGCGCUUGAACUGCGCCAGAGCGUGCAGAGUCAGAUCACAACGCUGGAGGAUGUGGACGAUGUGCAUGAUAGCGAUGAAAACAGCGACAGCGAGAGCGUAGGUCUGGCCCUGGUGCAGACAACGCCACAGCUGGAGAGUCAGGCGGGCAUGGUGUCGAGUUCUUCAAGCGCUUCGGUUAAGUAAACUCUCCCAAAGCACUCAACCAUAUUAGUGAUUAGUGCAUUGAUAUUUAUAUUGGUCCAAUAACUUGACGACCUGAAUGUCUCUUAUUGGACCAGUAUUUGUAUUUAUAUAUUCAUAUAAGUAGUUACAAUUAGACGUCAUAUCUUAGAUCUUCCAUCAAUAGAUUAUAUCCCCUAAGUUAUUUAUGUCAUGCAUCCUGUAAAUGUCAACCCAUCUUUGAAUUAUAUUUAACUGAAAGCUACGUCUUCAACCUGUCCACGUACCUGACACUCCUCCCUUACUCUCUUUUCCCUCUCUUUAAGUAAUGCUCCUCUAAUGAGUAUUUAAACUUAACUUAAAAGUUAAUAACAAGUUUAUGAAGUUAUUUGUUUUUCCUAAUUCCAACUAUAUAAUAUUACGGGUGCAAAAGAAUUUAAACCUAACUUAGCCUCAUAAUAAUAUGAUCAAUUAAAUAGCAAAAGGCUUCAAGAAACUAUUCCAAAUAAACAAUAUGUCAAGUUAUUCCAAAUUGUAGUAUUUCUGUGCGCAGCCCGUUUUCUUUCGCAUCUAAUCAAGUUUAACUUGACUUGAAGUUAAAUGUCGCUUGAGUAUAUCAUGCUCUCAACGAAAUUGUGAAUGUGGGGCAUCGUCAAAUUUAUUAACGACAUUUCUCAAAUAAAUAUACAUUUGCCUAUUAUGAUGUUGUCGACAACACUACGAGUGCGUUUGAUUGUAUGCUACUUUUUGACAGACAGUUUUGUAAACAAAUAAAAUUUGACAAGCUAAGCACCCUUCAACUUGCACAGAAACGAAAGAAAACGGGGCAUUGAAAUUCUGUUUAAGAUUAUUAAAAACAGAACAUGAUUAGGUGAAGCAACAGAAAACACAGAAACCGAGCUCACCUAGUGCAAAGGCUCACAAAGGGUAUUUCUUUUUUAUCACAUGGAGCUGGGACUUUGCACUUUUUGUGAAAGUACCCAAAUUAUUGUUUGAACAAUAGCUAUAAGUUAAUGUUAAAUUCACAAAAAAUACAAUAAGCUAUGUAAGGUCGAAGAUAUUAUAAGUUUAUCUGUAUGGCUAAGCUGCUUAAAGUCUUAAGAUCAUAAUUUAAUAAACUGUUUAUACAGUUUGAAACUAGCCGUAAGUUACUUAUAUUUUUAUACUUUUCAGUUGGCAGUUAUGAAACAGCGUAAAUUUUCUAAACUGGUAGCACAGGCAUACUAUGUUAACACUGGAUACAACACCAAUAGUUAAAUAUCUAAAAAUGUGGCAUGUCAUAAGCUCUUAAGCUGUUCACAGCACAAUUAUACACAUUAUAAUAGCAUAAAUAAGAACCUAUAUAAUACAUUAUUGGGUUAGGAUUAGGCUCAUAAAAUGCUCAGCUAAUCAAACCGUUUUUCUAAUACAACAAUGAAAAACUGAAAAACUAAUAAUAAUAAUGAAAAGUGCAUCAUAAUGCAUUCUGACAGACAUAACAGAAACUCGCAUAAGAAAAUAAUUAAAGUGGAAAAAACACAAUCAUGCUCAUUGUUUAGAAAACAAACAAAUCUGGAGAGAAGGAAGGAUAUAUAAACCAAAAUGAUAACAAAUGGCAAUUAUUAAUAUUCAAUAUGUAUAGCACAUAAGCUCAUAGAGUAAUUUGUAUGUAUGUGUGUGCGUUCCAAAAAUAGCGUUAAGUAUAAACUUAAACAUGUAGCUGUAUAUCUUAUGUAUGUGUAUAUGUGUGUGUAGUUAGCCAUUUAAGUGCUUUCACAUAGAGAAGGGGAAACAAACCGAGCAAAAGCGGCAGGAAGAAUUUACAAUUUACAAUUUACUUGGAGCCAAUCCACUAGAAACUUAUUUAAAUACAUAAAACUGUUUGCCCCGACUGACUGAUUGGCGAUCAAAGCAAAGCCUAACCCUUAAAAGCUGGAAAGCUAAAAUUUUGUGAGGCGGUUCGCAACAUUUCACACGCAAGUGUGGAAAAUCGGUGGAAAAUGUUGUGAAAUUCUUUGUUCAUCAUCCGAUAGGCUUCAAACUCAUUUUCGAAGAUCCUUGUCUGUGAGGAAAGUCAACUCCUCCUGUGUGAAAAAUGUGGGUCAAAGUUUAUAUAAAUGAUAGAAUAAUAUUAGGCAAGAAGCACAUAUACAUAUAUAGGUCGACACCUAAAUAGUAAAAUGGGCGGAAAGCUUUGAUUGCAACGUUUUGUUUUUCAUUGGGUCGCCCUACAACUCAUUUUUAAAUAUAAAUAUAAAGUUAAAUAAUCCUGAAGCUUGGAGUUAAAGGUAGUACGGGGGAUUCAACUUUCCAACGAGCGGGAAAUGGUUCAAAUAGUGAUGAUGAUAGGAAUAGCGAACAGAACUUAAAGCACAAAACUUGACCCGCCAGGCAUAUAAUUGAAAAAUCCAACCAUAAAGUUAAGCAACAAAACAGAUUUGUAUUCCAUAUAUAUGUAAUUACGACUACGUUUGUAUGUAUUAUAUAUGUGUAAC